UAUUCGGUUAUGUUAUUGUUUUACGUGACACUUAAAUUGUUUGGUACUUUUUCCGGGGUUCAGUGAAUGUGUCAUGUAGUGCUAACCAAUUAAAAUGUUUAUUUGAGCCAGAACGACAUUGAUUGGUGGAGAACCGGAAAAUAGGAGGAUCUACGCCUGGAGUACAUCCUCCUAAGAACAAGAGGGAAAUCUGAACAGAGACACCAUUAGGAACGUUCGAGAAUAUCCACAACUAUAACUAAGGCCCAUGUUUAAGGUUGGCAGAGUGUUAUAGUUAAAGCAAUUUAUCAUCAAACAUAUUCUGUCUCGUGGCGACAUUAAAUCGAGUCGCUGCUUCGACAAGGAGAGAUUUUGGAGCUAAUUGUUGUCACGAACAACCAUGGCAGAUGAACCAGCGUCAGAAGUGCAGCUUCUCAGAAAGCACAAGGCCCAGCUUAUAGAUAUCCUGAGCGCUGAUGCCGACUUUGUGCUGCAGCAUGCAGACUCUCGUUGUCUGCUCUCCUCUCAUGGCUACCAGCAGGUGAAAGCAUGUCGUAUUCCGAGUGAGAAGGUGACUGAGCUUCUGGAUCACGUCAUCCAGAGAAGCCCUGAAGCAGCGCAGGGUUUCCUGCAACUACUGAAGGAGCAGUCACUACAGGAAACCUUCCCUCUGCUGGAGUUUGUUAAGGAUCUGCAAGUCACAACACUGUCCUCAGACGGAGGUUUGCUUAACCGGUGUGGACUGAGGAAGGGAGAUCACCUUUGUAGAACUGAGGACAUGGAUUCAGACAGGGUUCCACUCUCAGACCUGAGUGAAUCUCUCAUCGACCACUCAGAGGGCCAACGCUUCCUCAAUGAAACUGUUAAAAUCAUAGUGGAGGAGGUUCUGCAAAAGGGAACGGACGUCAAGGAGAAGGUUUGCGAGUGGAAGGCACCGGAGGAGUUGGCUCUGCUGCUGGAUCUGGAGCUGAGGUCGACGGGGGAGCCAGAGGAGAGGCUUCUACAGAGGGUGAAGGACGUGGCCAAGUACAGCGUCAAGACAUGCCACCCACAUUUUUUUAACCAGCAGUUUGCCGGCGUUGACUAUCACUCCCUGUCUGGACGAUUUCUCAGCGAGGCUCUCAACACUAAUCUGUUCACCUAUGAGGUGGCCCCCGUCUUCAUCCUGAUGGAGAGCGAGGUUCUCAGGGCCAUGCGUCGGCUGGUCGGCUGGACGGAGGGCGACGGUCUGUUCUGCCCCGGCGGGUCGUCCUCUAACAUGUACGCCAUGAACCUGGCACGACAUCGACACUUUCCGGACGUCAAAACCCGGGGACUGUUUGGUCUGCCACGACUGGCGGUCUUCACAUCUCCAGAGAGCCAUUACUCUGUGAAGAAAGGGGCUGCAUUUUUAGGGAUUGGGACUGACAACGUUGUCCUGGUGAAGGUGGAUGAAGGAGGGAGAAUGGUUCCAAGUGAUCUGAAUGAAAAGAUAAUGUUGACAAAGUCACAGGGUGCGGUACCGUUCCUUGUUAGCUGCACAUCAGGGACCACAGUCCAGGGGGCCUUCGACCCACUGGACCAGAUCGCUGACAUCUGUGAGAAACACAAGAUUUGGAUGCACAUCGAUGCAGCCUGGGGGGGCAGUGUGCUCUUCUCCAAGCAGCACAGACAUCUGAUGAAAGGUGUUGACAGGGCCGAUUCCGUGGCCUGGAAUCCCCACAAGAUGCUCUCUGCUGGCCUGCAGUGCUCCGUCUUGUUGUUAAAAGACACAUCGAACCUGUUAAAGCAGUGCCACAGCGCCAGCGCCACCUACCUCUUCCAGCAGGACAAAUUCUACGACAUCAAUCUGGACGUGGGGGACAAAUCUGUCCAGUGCAGCCGCAAGGUGGACUGUCUGAAGCUGUGGUUGAUGUGGAAAGCUGUGGGCUCUGAGGGCUUGGAACGACGUGUUGACAAGGCAUUUCUCCAUGUGAGAUAUCUGGUGGAACAGAUGAAGAAAAGAGACGGUUUCACACUUCUGCGUGAGCCGGAGUUUGUGAAUGUGUGUUUCUGGUAUAUACCACCGAGUCUGAGAGGGAAGGAAGGAAAUACAGAUUACCAGAAAAAACUGGCUCAGGUGGCUCCCACUAUCAAAGAACGCAUGAUGAAACAGGGUACGAUGAUGCUCGGUUACCAACCUCUGGGAAACAGGGUCAACUUUUUCCGAGUGGUCGUUCUCUCUCCCCUCGUUUGUCAGAAAGACAUGGACUGGUUUCUGGAUGAAAUAGAGAGACUUGGAAAAGAUUUGUGACUCAAGUCGUGAAUCACCGACCACUGUCAAUGUUCUCAAUGAAGACAUCUCACAUACUGGCUGUAUCGUUUAAUAAUAACAUGUAAAAGAUCUUUUUUAAAAUAGAAAUAAUUAUUAGGGAUUUUUGAUUUGAUUGUGAUUUGUUUACAAUUUUACACUUGUAACAUUGUAACAUGAUGGUAGACUUGAUAUGAAUAAAUUAAAACUUGGUGGAUUUUA